UCCACGACGAUCACCGUCCUGCGCAGUACCAUGGAACGUAUUAUUUCGUUCCCAUGGAACCCAUAGAACGUUAAUUAUCUAGUAACGAAACGGUAAUCUGACGGUUCUUGGUCGUGUUGGAACAAACCUUAUAAUUCUGGACUUUGGAGGUAACGUGCAUCGCACUAGUAGACACUUCCAAAAUAGAUAGCUGGCUACAUACAUACAAGAGUUAAGUCUAUAUGGUUGCAUACGAAUACGGAAGAAAAAAGGCAAUUUGACAGCUGUCUGUCGACAAUUAUCAACAAAUUCGAUUGGUUUUAACCGGGCAUAUGGGGUUUGGCGUCUGAUAUGUUUUUAUAAUUUUUGCAAUAAUUUUAAAUUAAGAUGCCACGAGUGAAAUCUUCCCCCAAGAAAUGUAUAAAAACUAAUCUACAGCAGCCAGCCAACUCAUGGAUAUUUCUAUUAAAAGGUGAAGCUUUGGAGCUGUCUGACCAGUACACAGGCAGUGGUACGCCCGAUAUUGUCACUUUGAGACAUCCAAACACUGGAGAAUCUGCAGUAUUUUUGUUUUCUCCUGCUAAUAAUUCCGUGCAAGAAGUUUUAACAUACAAUGAAGGAAAAAGAUCUUGGUUUAUCGAUGAAACAGUUAAGAGUGAUGGCAAAAUGCACCUGUCUACACCUAUUGAUCCUAUAUUUUUAGUUCUUCCAUAUCUUAAAAGGUAUUGUACUGUCCAAGCUAAACCUUUGGAUCAGCUGCUGAGAGAUGAAGAAUUUCCUGAGACUGAGAGGCUACUGAAGUCAAGUGGACUCAAAUACUUAAAUUUGAUUGCAGAUAAAAAGGGUGAUGAAGAACUCAACGCUUUCAAAUAUAAUGAAGAAAAGACCUUAAUAUGGCUCAAAAAGAAAACAGAACGAGUAGCAGAGAUUCUAAAACAGAAAAAUAUAAAUGUAUCAGGUGGCGCCAUCUCAGCAACUUACGUCAAAGUUACCAGAGGCGAGCCCACAGACAACGAAGCCUACUUGCGAUACGCCCACGGAAUCGUGUCAGAAUACCUGAUGGACGACCUUAGCCAGAAACUCCUAAGAUAUAUGAAUUUACCAGAAGAAAGUCAACAGAGCCAGAAUCUCAAGAGGAAAAGCCUUCCUUUGGUAGGCACCAACGAGCCCAAGAAGGUGAAAGUUGAAGAGGAGAUCAAGUCUAGCACUUCGAAUAUUUUAGAUUUAAGUAAACCUGAUAAUAAGGUGUCUUCGAAAGAGAAAGCUAGGGCCAAAGCUGCUAGCGGUAGUAAAACUAUAAGCUCGUUUUUUAAGAAAGCCUAAUAAUUUUUUCGCCAGUACUAUUCUUAGGUCAAUUUAAUACUCGUGUGGAAGAUCUGCACUUUGGUUUUUGGAGAAAACUCAACUACAAAAUAGAUUCUAAAAGAAAACGUAUUAGCACUGUGUUGUAAAUUUUCAGUGGCCCAUGCAUCGCCAGUGGCGCUCCAAAUUUUCCAAUGGACAGUCUAAGUCUGACGUCACAAAUGUCACAAAAUUGGGAGGAGCUUAUAUUUACUCCAAACAAUUUUGUUUGUAAUGUUAAAUGGUCAUAAGGAAUUUUUCAUUUAUGUGUUGUGUGUGGCGAAAUAAGACUUCAUUUAGGUAUUUCGUUAAAGAAACGUGUUAAUUAAGAGAUUUUUAUUCGUUUUUGCUCAGGUGGUUUUUAUUCCUUAGUGGUUGAAAAUAAACAUAACCUCAAAACUCUUUACAUUCUAAUCAUUGCAUUAAAUUAACUCACCUGGGAAAAAACGAAUAAAAAUCUCUUAAUUGGCACGUCUCUUUAACUAAAUACCUAAAUGAAAAGUCUUAUUUUAUCACACAAACCACGUAAACAAUAAAUUAAAAAUUCCUUUUGAGUGUUUAACAUUAUAAACAAAAUUGUUUGGAGUCAAUUAUAAGCUCCUCCCAAUUUUGUGACGUCAAGGAUGUCCAUUAUGGACGUGAUAAAUAAAUUAAAGGUAACCUCAUUCCCGGAAUUCAAUUUUUGAAUUUUUUUUUUAGUUCUAUGUGAUGAAAAAAUUAGACUCGACGCAAUUUUAACCCACCACCCCCAUUUCUCACUCACCCCACCAUCAAAAACGGGUCAUAUUACCCGUAUGCACGCCAAUAGUGAAUAUAAAAUUCUUAAUUGUAUGCCAAAAAAUGCGCAAUAAGUACCUCUUAAAACCCACCAAAUUUUAUUUGCAUAUCUCAACCGGUUUUGGAGCAAUAAAUAAAUCGUCAGUUUGUAGGAAAAAUUUCAACACCCUGUAUCUCGGAAACGAAGCAUUUGCGGACAUACGUUUAUAAAUCAAACUGACAUUUCUUUUUCAUGCAGAAUUACCCCUUAAAGUUUGUCGCACUUGAUGAAAAAUAUGGCUAGUUCUUAAAGUACCUAACUUUUUUAUUAUCCAACAUAAGCGAUUGAAUUAAAAAAUGUUAAGAAAACCUGAGGGUAUAGUUAGGUUUUAAUUUCAGUAUUUUAUAAAUUCUAGAUUCCACAGGGUACUGCAAACUUUGAGAAAAAAACACAGUUUGAUUGGUAGACCCGGUAUACAAUGACAACUUACGUGUCUAGCAACAAUAUUGUUACUGCGAUAUUGUUAAAGAAUAAGGCUAUAACAUAUUAAAAAAUCACUUAAAUGAGAUAACAGAUUUAAGAAAUUCGAGACAUCAAAAAUGACCCAUUUUUACGGUGGUGCGUUAAUUUCUUUGAGUAGUGUAAUAUAAUCUCAAAAAAAAACAUUUUUUGGAAAAAAGCGUAUAACUUUUUUUGGAGAUAGCUGCAGGUCUAUCUUUUUUAUUUUGCGUAUUUUAUCGAAAUACUAUAUUUAUAAUUUUUAAAGGUUCGCCACCUUUAAAAAUCCAAAAAGCUAUUUUUGGGGGUUUAUUGGGAUUUUUCCUAUUUUAUAAACUCCAAGAUAGAUCAAAUCAAGGUUUUUAUAGGUUAUAUAUUAUGUAAAUUAAACAAACCGAGUCUUUAGAACGUUCAAAAAAGUGAGAAACACGUUCAAACGUCCUAAAAAACAGUUUUUCGGGUUUUUAAAGGUGGCGAACCUUAUGGAAAAAUGUAAAAAAAAAUUAUAAAUAUGUAUAGUGUUUGAUAAAACACACAAAAUAAAAAAAAAUAGACUUGCAGCUGUCUCCAAAAAAAGUACGCUUUUUCCAAAAAAAAAUGAUGCACACAUUACACAAUGUGUGUAACCGUUAAUAAUCUUGAGUAAUUUUUACUUAACUAUACUAAAUUUACAAUCAAGAUGCAGUAGAAAUAAACAAACCAAGACACGUUAAAUACUACUAGGAGCACUCCCGAAUCAUAAUUUACAAUGUAUAAACUUUGGAAAUCAUGAUUUGGGAUUUACAAUGUAUAUACAUUGUAAAUUAUAUGAUUCGGGAUUUAACGUGUCUUGGUUUGUUUAUUUCUACUGCAUCUUGAUUGUAAAUUUAGUAUAAGUAAAAAACCUUUAAUAGAUAUGUAGUUGAGUUUUUCCAUUUUUGUGGUGUACAUAUUAUAUCGAAUGAAAAUAUUGAAAAAAUGUAGCAAUAAUAAAAUAUUUUGAGUUUGUUGUAUGAUGUGUGAAGAAAGUAAAAAUUUAGUAGUUUUUGAAGUUGCAAA